AUGGGAAUUGGUAGCAGCCAGAGUUCCACAACUGAUGAACCUGAGGAGGAAAAGAAUACUAAUGCUGUAAAAAAUGUUCACGAACCUCUUAGUGAACUUUAUCAAGCAUGUCGCGAAAAUCGAAUUGAAGAUGUCGAGCGUCUCCUCGAGACUGCAACAUUAAAUGAGAUUAAUCGCAUUGAGCUACAUGGAAGCACAGCACUGCCCGCAACUGCAUUUUAUGGUCACGCAGAAAUUGUUCAAUUGCUGUUAGAAAAAGGUGCUGUUAGAACAUUACGCAACAAUUACGGGCAUACACCUUAUGAAGAAGCUGAUACAUCCAAUAUUAAACGUCUAUUCGAACGGGUAACGAAAACGAAUCGUUUUUAUAGUUUCUCUGCAUCCUUGGAAUGGGUAAUUAUCGACCCGACAGCUGAUCGUAGCGCAUGCAAAUAUAAGAGAAAUGAAGCACAAUGGUUUGAUGAUGUGUGCUUGAAAGGUGGCCAACACUUUUUGGCCGAUAUUAAGCGUUAUGUCAAUGUAAAUCUUAUGAAUAUUAAAGGUGUAAAUGAGAUUGCCUUUUUUAUUCAACAGGCAACGAAAGAAAACAGUGUUGAAUCUCUUUUGAAAGCUUAUACGGCAGAAACAGAUUUCUACAAUUUUAUCAAUGCUGAUUUAUCGUCGAUUCCUAAGGUCAAUUUUGCUAAGAAUGAUGAUGAACAAUCCAGAGAUGAGCAUUUUCGCUAUUGGCACGAUCCGGGUGGUUAUGUAGGGAUUAUUGCUCAUCAUCCACAUCUUGAAAAAUAUUCAUUUACCGGUACAGCAUAUCGCGGCAUGAAUAUGUCCGAAGAAGAUAUUACAAUGUACAAGGUGAAUACUUUAUUGCUAAAUAAAGCAUUUUUGUCAGCGUCCACCGAACGGAAAGUGGCUGAAAAUCUUGCCACUAGACAUCCACUCCGACAAAAUACAAGUCGACCUAUUAUGAAAUAUCCGACUUUGUGUACAUAUAAAAUUCGAAAUCAACGUACAGCACUGUUUAUCGAAAAAAUAUCCGAAUAUCCACACGAGAAAGAAGUAUUGAUUACACCUCGUGCUGCAUUUCGGGUGAUUUCUAUUAGAAAACAUCGAUGGACAUAUGAUGAAAUCAUAGUCAAAAAUUAA